CUACGUGAAGACGUCUGGAACGGGUCUGGGAUUAUGGGCUAAAUUACAGAAAGUGCGGGACACAAGAGAGAUUAACAUGUUUCUGGGAUUUCAUGAAAAUGUAGCAGCUCUGGGGCCAUGUGAGAAACGCAGAAAGGCAGUUACGGAUGACUCAUGGCUACAAUACCUCAAACAUGGUCCGUCCUCACUGUCAUCACUGUACUGGCUGUACAGUUUUGUUUUGGUGACAAAUCAUGUGUCAUAUGGUCCAGCUCUGGCUCUGACGUCCUCCAAGGGUCCAGUUUUGAGGUGUAUUGCACCUUUACAUGCAAUUGCAAGGGAUCCAUGUACGCAGACAAUGUGGGCAAGCCGCAGGAGCACCGAAAAUUCAAUUCAACAACUCUGUAUCUUAAUGUGAGAAACAUUACAGAGCGCAGGACCUUCAGCUGUCAGUGUAAUGACUGUCGAUCAAAUCUAGACCCCUGUGGACUCGACAUCUUCCCCGGAUAUCCACCAGAUAUGCCCCAAAACAUAACCUGCUUCCAGAAUGUCAUAAAUGGUGAAAAAGAAGAUGUGGUCUGUACGUGGAAUACAGGAAGGAAUACUCAGCUCGACACCGUGUCAGAGCUGUGUGUGAGAACUACAUCUGGAAACCACACAGACGGGCCGUUCUCCUGCAACAACUCCACAAAGGGACCCGACUUGUCUGUAAGGUUCCCGGUGUCCGCCUCCGUCCAGACGAUCUCUGUGAAGGUCCAGACUCACAACAAGCUGGGCACAGCAGAGUCCCCCACCUUCAGCUACACACUCCAUGACAUCAUGAUCCCUCCACCUCCUGUCCUUAUGCAAGCUGAGUGCUCCUCCCAGGCCUGCAAGGUCACGGUGGGACAGAGGACUAAACACCUGGAGAUCCAAUACAGCACAUCACAGCAGACAUGGACAAGCCAUCCAGAAUCUGGUGUGCAGAUUGGUUCGGUGUGGAUCCAGUCCAUCUCCUCUCUUCAGCCUUACACGUUGUACCACUUCAGAGCCAGAACCAAACUGAGCACUGGGCUGUGGAGUCAAUGGAGCACACAGAUCUCAAACUGGACUCAAGAGGAAGCUCCUGACAAAGAGCUGGAUGUGUGGUAUGCUGAUUCCCCUGAAUCCAACUGCAUGACAGUUUACUGGAAGAGGCUGAACGACUCCAACGCCAGAGGGAAGAUUGUAGACUACAGGGUCAAAGGCCACAACCUCAAGACAGACCGGACCUUUGCCUAUGACGUCAGUGCUAAUGUCAGUCAUUACUCAGUGCCGUGCUGUGGCAGCUGUGAGGUGACUGUGUUUGUGCGCAACUCCAAAGGCCUGUCCCCUCCUGCCAUCCUCCCCAGCUUCCACAAAACAGCUGAGCCUCCUCAGGAUGUGCACGUGACUGUAGACAACCACAGUGUCAUCAUCUCCUGGAGAAAGCCUGUAACUGCGUUUGCACCCACUGCAUAUCUGGUGGAGUGGCACCCAGAAGACCGGAGGGUAGAGGAGCUGCAGUGGGUCAGGCUGGGCAGGAAUGAGAACCAAGCAGUCAUCACAGACAUGAAGCCAUACGAGUGCUAUGAGGGAGCCGUGUACGUCCUUUAUGAGAGCUCAGUGGGCAGGGCCAGGUUUACAGGUGUCAGCACCAUGGAGUCAGCUCCAACAGGGGGUCCAUCUGUCAAAGAGCAGGUUGAGGGGAACAAAGUGACACUGACCUGGACAAAGCUCCCGAGGGAACAACGCAGAGGAUGUAUCAGCAAUUACACCAUCCAUUUAAAAACUCAAGACUCCCUGCUGUCUUACCAUAUACCUCCAUCAGAGACGAUGUACAUCAUCAAGCACCUUCCCCCAGCUUCCUACUGGCUGCAAAUGUCGGCUUGGACUUCACAUGGAGAAGGACCUGCUGGUCGAGGGGUCAAAUUCUUCAUCGAACAGGAGAGCCAAGCGUUCAUCAUAGGAAUGUGCAUAAUCAUCUUCAGCGCCCUCUUUCUUCUUGUGUGUGUCUGCCAAUUCUCAGCAGUACAGCGAAGGUUCUGGAUGGUUUUCCGCUGCCUCAUGCUUGAUGUUAUACCUGAUCCUGCCAACAGCAAGUGGGCACAAGAAUGUGCCAAAGAAAAGCAGGGCAAGAUGAACUUCCCGCUCCAGCUGAGUAACUCAUGUGGAACAGAGGAGGAAGAUGAGCCCGUUACCGUGGAUGUUGAGGAGCUGCAUGAGGAGGACUUCACGCCUGCCUCCGACGUCUCCUCACAGCUCUGUCCCCAGACCAGCCUGAGCCCUACCACAGAGACAGACACGCUGCUGUAUCCUCACACCUCGUACAUCAAGAGCUUCUCCCACGACUCGGACAGCUCUGACCAAACCCAGACCUCUCUGGAAACAAACACGACUCUUGACUAUAUCGCAGCACACUGGGCAGAAGACGAGGAGUGCGAGGAGGAUGAGAUAGAAUCUACGGAAAUGUUUGAUUUCUUCCCCAGCCCGAUGGACGCGCUGAUGUUUAAGGGUCAGCUGACACUGGAUACUGUCAAAAUUGACUGCAGUGGCCUGUUUGAGAACGGUUAAAAACCAUAAACACUUGGAGAAAUGAGGCUGAGACACAACUGAAGAAACUGCUAAAUGAAACAAUGACUGGAGCUGGCCCCUUUUCCAGUCAAGGUGUUCACAAACUCCUUUGGUGGUUAAGUCAUCAUCACCGAAUGACUCUGUGUGGUUAACUUUUUUUUUUCUAUUGCACUGUCUUGCCCUUUCGAUCAAGCACCUGCAAGGACACCUGACGUGCAGGAACUACCUCGUUGCUUUCCACAUUGAAAAAGACUUCCACAACGUGUAUGGACAACACCCCUUGUACAGUUUCCCACAACUGUUAUGCCGUAAUAGUUUGUGAUUCAAAAUGUACUUUAAUACACUUUUUCCUUGUCAUGCAUUACCAGUUUUUAACUAAAGAACACUGUUUCAUACACUGAUACUGAAAUCAAAAUAAACGCAAUACAGACUGCAGA